AGGUGUGUGUGUGAGGCGAAUGAGAUUGGUGAUGGACGGCGUUGUUAUGGCAACCUGAUGGAGCGUCUGAUGGAGUUGGACCGAAGCGGCAGCCAGAGGGAGAACCUGACCGGAGCAGUGGCACUGUUCGAAAAAGGAUGUUCACUGCUGCUGAGCCACAACGGACCGUUUACCGCCUUCAUCCCGCAGCUGAAGACGCCGCUGACGGGCAUUAACGAGGAGCUAAUGUGUAAAAACCACCUGAUCCUGGGUCAGUUCCUCUACGCCGACCUGCAGGGGCGAGACUUCAACAUGUAUGGAGGGGCCAAGCUGAGGACCAAAGACCACCAGAGGUUCAUCCUGAUGGAGGAACCCAGCAGGUUCUACUCUGUCAUCCUGCGGGACCUGCCGGCAGCCAAUGGCAUCAUUCACAUCAUAGACCGGCCAAUCAGCAGCUCGCAGUCGGACAGGGCGGCUCGAGAUGAACAGUUUGCUGAUUUGACGGUCGGAGAGAUUCUGUCUAAAGAUGGAAAAUUCAACCGUUUCCUUUCUCUGGUGGACAACUGUGGGUCGCCUCCUCCUCUGAGGGGUCCGGGUCCAAUCACGGUCUUUGUCCCAACCAACCAGGCGAUAGACCGAGCCCGAGACGGCAGCAUCCUGUACAUGCUGCAUGACGCCAAACACAAACUCCAGGAGCUGCUCAGACAUCAUGUUUUCCCUCAGGCUGUGCUGACGGUGGAUGAUCUCAGCGCUCUGCCUCGCAUCCAGACAAUGGCUAAUCAGAUGAUCAGCAUCAGCGUGUCGAAUGAUGGUCAGAUCUUAUUGGGCGAUAAACGGAUCCAGCUGGCGAGCACCAACAUCAUGGCAUCCAAUGGGAUCAUCCACAUGAUUGACGGGCUGCUGGUCCCGCCCUCCAUCCUGCCCAUCCUCCCCCACCACUGUGAUGUCACCGAGAGCAAGAUCACCGUGGGUCCUUGUGUCCACUGCAGUUACCUCUAUGAGACUCAAUGUCCCGACGGCACUGUUGAAAUGGACAGCCAUCAAAUCGGCUGUGAAUACGUCACGUCUCCUCUUCGCUCCUCACUCAGUAAAGGCUGCGCUAAGUUCUGCAAUGCAACCAAACAGGUGGUGGAGUGCUGCAGAGGAUUCUACGGUCCCGACUGUAAACCCUGCAUCGGAGGCUUUCAGCAUCCCUGCUACGACAAAGGAACCUGCUUUGACGGUAUCCAUGGUAACGGGUCGUGCAGCUGCCAGCCGGGUCUCAGCGGCAUCGCCUGCCACAUCUGCUCUGAUCCCAACAAACACGGAGAACGCUGCGACGAAGAGUGUCGUUGUGUUCACGGAGUGUGUGACAACCGUCCCGGCAGCGGAGGAAUAUGUCGCAGAGGAUCCUGUCUAGACGGAUUUUCCGGAGAUUUCUGCGACAAAACAGCGACACCAUGCAACUCUGACGGUCUGCUGGAGCAUUGCCAUGUGCACGCAUACUGCACACACACAGAUCUAUACACAACGUGUUUAUGUAGAGAUGGAUAUGAAGGCGAUGGUCACUCGUGUUCUCCCAUCAACCCCUGCAUGAAGAACAACCGAGGAGGCUGUGACUCCAACGCCCAGUGUGUGUUUGUGCGUCCAGGUGAGGCUACCUGUGCGUGCGCUGAAGGCUGGACAGGUGAUGGCAAAGUUUGUGUUGAGAUCAACAACUGUGAUCUGGUGACUCGAGGAGGCUGUAGCCCCAAUGCCAUCUGUACCCACAUCGGACCUGGACAGAGCGAGUGUGUUUGUAAAACUGGUUAUAUGGGAAACGGAGUUGUGUGCGACCUCAUCGACCCCUGUCUGACAAACAACGGAGGCUGUCAUGAACUGGCGACGUGUAAGCUGAAAGAGAGCGGGUCUCACACCUGUAUCUGUCCGGACGGAUACGCUGGAGACGGAAAAAUCUGCUACGGACACUUACUGGAGGAGCUGGAAACACACUUAACGCUGUUCGCUUUCUAUCGAUUCAGUCAGAAGCUGGAGUCCUUCUCUGAGGCCCUGAGUGAAAACGUCACGGUGUUGGUUCCGUCCAGAGAAGCUCUGAACAACUUGAGUUCUGCUGAGUACAAAUUCUGGACCAGCCGGCACCACCUGUCUCCCUUCCUACGGUCUCUCUUCCUGCCGGGGAUCUUCUCACUGGAGGACCUGGACCGGCUGGUGGGCCACAGGUUGGACACCAUGAACCCUCCGACCCAGUGGGAGGUGACCAACAGCAGCGGGGUGAUCCGGAUCGGAAAUGCCUCCAUCAUCAAACACAACCUGCCUGCGAUCAAUGGCUAUCUCCAUAUCAUUGACCAGGUUCUGGUUCCGUCCCAAGCGAACCUCCCUCCUGAGCCUCCCCUCCUCAUGUCCUUCCUGAACUCCUCCUCCAACUUCAGCCUGUUCAGACAGUUUGCUGUAAUGUACAACCUGACCGAUCGGCUGUCCACGUACUCCUUCACCCUGCUGCUGCCUUCAGAUGCAGCUGUGAGGAAACAUCUGGACACAACCAACUCCUCUGUCCUGGACCCGGAUGUGUUCCGGUACCACGUGGUUCCCUAUGAGCUACUGUUUCCAGACCACCUGGUGGAUGGGAUGCUGAAGAGCACUCUGCUGGGAGCCGACUACCAGGUCCAGUUCCACCUGGACCGCCAGAACCAGACGGUCGUGAACGACGUUCCACUGGACGGCGGUUUUGUGGAGACGGAGUACGGCGUCAUCAUCUUCAUCCAUCAGGUCCUCAAAGUCCGACGCAACCGAUGCAGCAAACCGGUGUCUCUGCAGGUUGAUGGCCGGUGCUCAGACUGUGAAGGACCUCCUCGAUGCUACUCUAGCUACAAACCAGUCAGAGAACAGUUUCCUGCCAACAUGCGCUCCAACUGCAGAUACAGGAAACGGGUCAGAGCCAGGAUUUCGUCAAAGCCAGGCUGCGUCAUCAAGUGUCUCCGAAUGACCACGGAUCACACCUGCUGUCCUGGUUUCUACGGUCACGAGUGCUUCAAAUGCCCCGGAGAUGACGGCAGCUGGUGCUCCAAUCACGGCGAGUGUCAGGACGGUAACCACGGCAAUGGGGAGUGCCGUUGCUACGAGGGUUUCCAUGGCACUGCCUGCGAGGACUGUGAGGCAGGACGAUACGGAGUCAACUGUUCCUCCAAGUGUGUGUGCAAUCAUGGGAAGUGUGACGAUGGUCUGGCAGGUAGCGGCAGGUGUGUGUGUUAUAAAGGCUGGAGAGGAGCUUCAUGCUCUGCAGAGAUCAAGGACGACGCCUGUGGAGGAGUUUGUGACGAGAAUGCAAACUGCAUCACUGGACCUCAAGGAUCAGCUGCUGCCUGCCUCUGUGUGGCUGGAUAUGAGGGAAACGGGACCUACUGCAAAAAACUGGAUCUGUGUUCUCGGUCCAAUGGAGGUUGUUCUGAAUUCGCCGUCUGUCAAUCGGUUUCAGCCGGAGAAAGAACCUGCAGCUGUAAGGAAGGAUACACUGGAGACGGAGUGGUCUGCCUGGAGGCGGACGGAUGUCUGUUCAACAACGGAGGCUGCCACCAGUCAGCAGACUGCAUCAGGACAGGACCCAACAUGACGGCCUGCAGGUGUCGGCUGGGCUUCCAGGGUUCUGGUUGGUACUGCUACCCAGUGAACCCCUGCAGAACGGAUAAUGGCGGCUGCCAUAGAUCCGCUCGCUGUGAGUACCUGGGUCAGGGGCAGAGGAACUGUACCUGCCGGUCUGGUUACAUCGGUGACGGCCUCGACUGCCGAGGAUCCACCCACACCGAGAUUUCCCGACAGCCUCAGUUCAAUUUCUUUAAAUCCAUGAUGAUGAAGUCUGACACCCGGAUCUAUGGUGACGGUCCGUACACGGUGUUUGUUCCUGUGGAGGAAACCAACAACCAGACCACCGUGGAUGAAUGGAAGGAGUCGGGUCGACUCAAUCUUCUGGUUCAGUACCACAUCGUCACCUGUGAGAAGUUGACCGUCAGUGACCUGAAAACCACCGAGAAAGUCGUAUCAGUGUCAGGUCACAUGAUCUACUUCAACCUGCAGAAGGGUUCCAUUUGGAUCAACAACAGUUCGAGGAUUGUGAAGAGCGACUACACCACCUUCAACGGAGUCAUUCACCAAAUUGAUAAGCUGCUGACGCCGUUUAGCCUCAAGGACAAACCGAAGCUUCAGACUCGGACGAUGAACUUCACCUCAGCAGCUACAUUUUAUGGCUACACACGCUUCUACAAACUGGUGGAGGACUCCGGGAUGCUGCCGGUGCUGCAGACCUCCAUCCACCAGCCCUUCACUGUGUUCUGGCCCACAGACCGGGCUUUGGAGGCCCUGCCGGCUGAGAGGCAGCGCUGGCUGACCAGUCCAGACCACCGGGACCAGCUGGCUGCAACCAUCAAGGCCCACAUCGUCCGGAACUCCAGACUGACGACUGUGGGUCAGCCCACUUCUUCGUCGUCGUUUCGCUCCAUGCAUGGAUCGACCAUCAAGUAUCGCUGUGACCGAAGCCUCGUGGGUGCCGUAUUGAUCAAUGAUAAUGAUGCCAGAGUUGUGGAGCGUUUCCUGUCCUUCAGCGAGGGUUUGGCCUACGGCAUCGACCAGCUGCUGGAGCCGCCGGGCCUCGGAGCGUUCUGCGACAGCAUCGAGAACAAAACUUCCAACGGUCGCUGUGGAAGCUGCUUCAUGCCUCCGUCGUGUCCCCUCAAACACUUCGACACGGGAACCACAGAACGCUGCUUAAACUCCCGCAGCAGGUACGGAUUCGGAUACGGAUACCGACGCAGCCGCUGGUACGACGACCUGGACGACACCUUCAACCGGAGAAGGUGCAUGAGAAAAUGCUGGUUCCCCUCCUGGGUCUAUAAGUGCUGCAAGAACCACUACAGCCGGGACUGUCAGGUGUGUCCUGGAGGUCUGGAGGCUCCUUGUGGAAACCACGGGACCUGUGACGACGGAAUGCACGGUUCAGGAAGCUGCACGUGCUUCAGAGGAUUCAGAGGAAAAGCCUGCGAACUGUGCAGCCGUGGAUACUACGGACCCAACUGCACAGCCUGUAUGUGUGGAGUACAAGGCCGGUGUGACGACGGUGUUGAAGGUUCUGGACAGUGUGUCUGCAGGCCCGGCUGGGAGGGAGAACGCUGUCAGAUUGAUAUUGGUUCGAUCCCGGAGGAGUGCCGACGCUGCCACCCUCAGGCUGACUGCGAGCCCGGCUUCGGCUGUCGCUGUAAACCCGGAUUCCAGGGGAACGGAACCUUCUGCAGUCCAGAACCUCCUCCAGAUCUCUGCUCCGAGUAUAACGGCGGCUGCCACCUGAACGCCGACUGCAACCAGACGGACCUGCAGGUGAACUGCACCUGUCACAGCAGUUACCAAGGAGACGGAUACUCCUGCGAGCCAAUCAACAGGUGUGUUGAGGAGAACAAUGGAGGCUGCAGCGACUUUGCUUCCUGCAAGUUCACCGGACCGAAUGAGCGUGAGUGUGAGUGCCUGCCGGGGUACGUGGGUAAUGGAGUCCAGUGUCUGCAGAAGGUGGUGCCCCCUGUUGACCGCUGCCUGGAAGCCAACGGCGGCUGUGCUGCUGUGGCUUCCUGCAAGGACCUGCAUUACCAUGAGAACACAGCUGGAGUUUUCCAUCUUCGCUCUCCGGAGGGAAAAUACAAGAUGAACUUCAGCAGAGCAGCAGCUUCCUGUCAGGAGGAUGGCGCUACGCUGGCGACUGUCACACAGCUGGGACACGCUCAGCAGCUGGGCAUGCAUCUGUGUGUAGCCGGCUGGCUGGACGGGGGAAAGGUUGGAUAUCCGACCCGCUUCCCUUCAGUCAGGUGUGGAGACAACCAUGUAGGUCUGGUCAUGUACAAAGAUCCAGUGGAUCAGAACAACCUGUACGACGCCUACUGCUACAGGCUCAGAGAUGUUUCGUGUUCGUGUCCUGAUGGUUACAUCGGAAACGGAGAUUUCUGUCACGGCGUUCUCACCGACAUUCUGGCGAUGUACAGCAACUUCUCCGUGUUCUACAAGCUUCUCUUGGACUCCAGCGGUUCUUCCUCUGAGGGCCGAGAGCUGCUGGACUUUCUGUCUCACAGGACGUCUGAAGUGACUCUGUUUGUUCCUCAUAACGCUGGAUUCUCCCAGAACCAGACUCUGUCCCUCAGAGACCUUCAGUACCACGUCUCAGCCAAUCACAGCAUGCGACCUUAUAAGGAUCUGAGACACCAGGAAGUGAUCACAUCACAGCUGGGAGUCAAUCUGACGGUUACCCACGGUAACAACCAGAGCUGUAAACUGGUGAACAGGCUGCUGCUGCUCGACUGGGACAUUCCCGCCGUUAACGGCAUCAUCCAUGUCAUCGAGGCGCCGCUGAAGGCUCCGCCCCCUCCGGUGUCCCAUCACGCCUCCCGUGGCCACGCCCACUCCAGCGGCCCGGUGUCGGCCAUCUUGGUGUCGGUGUUUCUGGCCUUUCUGCUGGCGGCACUCGGAUAUUACGUCUUCAAACACAAGACCGACGCCUUCCGCUUCCACUACUUCAGAAACGAUGAUGAGGACGGUAGUGGAAGGAUGAAGCCGACGCUGGUGUCGAUCCCAAACCCUCUUUACAGCGGAUCCAGAGCCUUCACAGAACCCUUUGGGGAGUCCAGUCCAGAGGAGGAACUGGCAGAACCAGAAGAACCUCCAAACGUUCUGGACUUGGACCUGGACCAGUAGAACCAGUCUGUCUAUCUACAGGAGCUUCAGCUCCUCCUCUGCUCACAGUUAAUGAAGAAAGAAAUCUAAAGUUUUUAUGAGCCGUGAAUGGAACCAUUCUGUUUGUGGAUCUCAACAUGUUGUAAUAAAAAUCAGCUGAUUUUUCA